GCGCCAGCGCCAGCAACCGCGGCACCACCAACUUCCCCAUUCCAUUCCAUUCCUCCCCUCCCUCCGCAUCUGGCAUCGCCGGCGAUGGACCGGCAGCCCCCACCCGCCCUGUCGCCGCAGGAGUGGGAGCAGCUCCUCGACGACUUCUCCUCCUCCAUCCCAUCCCGCCGCGACCGAUGGGUCCACCUGCCGCUCCUGGACCUGGCCGUCUCCUCGCUGCCCCGCCGCGACCUCCCCUCCCACCUGAAGCCCCUCCUCCUGUCCCUCAUCGACGACCACCUCCUCCCGCCCUCCCCGCACAGCCUCCCCCUCCUCCUCGCCUCCCUCCUCUCCUUUCCCGCCGACCACCCGCUCCGCGACCACCUCCUCCUCACCGUCGUCUCCGCCUUCGCCUCCGCCCUCUCCACGCCCGUCUCCAAGGACGUCGAGGCUCCGCCCCUCGCGGGACUCGUCGACGCGCUGCUCGCCUCCGUAAACCGCCCCAAUCACGCGCCCGACCGCGCCGCGCGCGCCCUCGCCUGCGACGCCCUGCGCGCGCUCGACACCGCGCUCCCGGGCCUCCUCGCCGACGCCCUCGGCCAUCUCUACGCGCUCGCCUCAGCGGAGCGCUCCCCAGCCGCCCAGUCAUACCUCCUACUGCUCGCCUCCGCCGCGCGCCACGCAGUCCACCUCGGGAGGCUGGCCUCCAGCGUCUCCAUCCUCGCGGUGUCCGGCCCCCCCACCCCGUUCGCCGUGCCUGCCCACCUCCUCUCACCUCCCGCCGCUGCCUCUGCCGUCCAGGCGGCGCCCUCGGAGGUGAACGUGAGGGACGUAAGGAAGGUGCUCGCUCUGCUCAUGGACAGGCCGCAGGUGCUGACGCCCGCAGCGGCCAUGGAGAUGACCGCCAUCCUUGCCGAGGUUGCGGCGGCUGUGCUCGAGUGGGCACCAGCGAUUGCAGCGCACAUCAAGGUGCAGUUUGGCGGCAUGGUGCAUUCCUCCGACCCCAUGCUGCUGCACUCACUGCUCACGCUGUUCAUCCAGUUCCCGGAUGCGUUUGGGGUUGAGGAUGAGCGCACAAUGGCACGCCGCCUAGCUUUGGCUGCUCGUGAGGCCCACCGCCCGCUCACAGCACGAUUGCUGGCGUUGCAUUGGCUGCUCGGGUUUGGCAGGUUCAGAGAUCUGGUGCCUGGACUCGCCCGAUGGUUUUACCCUGCCGUAUUUGACCCCCUUGCUCUCAAGGCCAAGAAGCUCGAUUGUCUAUCUUAUGUUGCUGCUGGAGUUGCUGGGGAAAAGGUUGCAGGAGACAGAGCUAGUGAGCAAGCAACUGGUCUCGUUGAUGAUGGCUUGGUCUGUGUCUCGGCCUUCAGGUGGCUUCCGGUAUGGAGUACCGAAACAGGUGUGGCAUUCCGAGCACUGCACCGGAACUUGGUCUGUGCUGCUCCUCACAGCACCGACGGCACGUGCUGCUCCGGGGCUGGUGAGCUCCUGAAUUCUACUAUCUUCCACCAUUUACAGGUUAUGUUGGUCGAUAUGGCAUCAGAGCAUCGAGGAUUAGUCCCUGUGAUUGCCGAUUUCAUCAACCGGCUUCUAGCAUGCAACUCACAUCGUUGGGCGGGGGAGCAGUUGCUCCGUACACUUGACGAGCGCCUGCUUCCAAGGCUUGAGCCAGGCUACCAGCUCGCGUCAUACUACCCUCUUUUUGAGAAGAUUGCACAGAAUGAGACGGUGCCGCAGCUCCACCUAAUAGAUUUGCUCACCAAGCAGAUGGUUUCUCUAACCAAGAAGCAUGGCCCAGACACAGAACUGAAGUCUUGGUCUCAGGGCAGCAAGGUUGUGAGCAUUUGUCGUGUCAUGCUGAAGCAUCAUUACAGCUCUCAUGUCUUCCUUCCCCUUUCGCACCUUCUUGUGCUCACCAUCGAGUCCUUCCCUGAUCUGGAGGUCCGGGACCAUGCAAGGAUUUGCUUGCGGGUGUUGUCUUGUGUUCCUGGGGGGAAACUGAGGCAUCUCAUCGGAGUUGGAGAGCAACCUUCAGGUGUCACACCUUCUCAUCCGGGUUCCUUGUUCGAUGUCCCAUCACCGCGCCCUGCUCAAGAUCCUAAGAGCAUGCCUGAUCUAGCGUCUUACAUUCAUCUAGAAAGGGUUGUGCCGUUACUCGUGAAGCAGUCAUGGGCCCUCACAUUGCCUAAUUUCAGCAUCCAUAGCAGAGCAUCUGGUCACAUUUUAAGUAUACAGGAUGUGAGCUCUGCUCCCCCGGAGCAAGAAAAGUCGGCAGGACCUACAAUCGAGAGAAUCGGAUACACACAAGAAGCGCUACGCGUGAUGGAUUCUAAAGGUGCCGAAACAUUGCAAAUUCUCAGGAGGUACUUCGCGUGCGUUCCUGACUACCUGCACUCAUCUGGUCUCAAAAUCAGAAUACAGUGCACAUUUAGAUUUGAUUCAGAGCCGUUUAACCAUGCUUGGUUAUCAGAAUCACCAGUUUCAGGUUCUGAUGGGGCUGAUGAGUUGCCUGCUCUUUAUGCAGUGACAAUUACUUUUUCAUCAAGCGCACAGUUCGGAAAAAUUCCCCCAUGCAAUGUACCUUUCAUUCAAGGGGAACCUCCAGGUUCUGGUUUGGACAUUGUCCCCUUAGAUACUCAGCACCGGGAAGAAUCAAGUUACUGUGCUUCAGUAGUGAUAGAAUUGGAACCUCGAGAACCAUCACCUGGUCUUAUUGAUGUCUCAAUUGCAGCAAAUACAGAUAACUGUCAAGUCUUAACUGGGUUCCUUCAACCCAUUACAGUUGGGAUUGAGGACAUGUUUCUGAAGGCCAGUGUGCCGCCUGAUACUCCAAAUGAGGGUGUGGCUAAUUACAACCAGGAUCUGUUUCAUGCUUUAUGGGAGGCCUGCAACAGUUCUUCUAACACAGGUCGAGAGACGUUCCCUUUGAGUGGGGGGAAAGGAUCAGCUGCAAUUAAUGGAACUCGGUCUGUUAAACUCAUGGAGGUAACUCCAAAGGUUUUGAUUGGAGCUAUUGAAAGAUACCUGGCUCCCUUUGUUGUCAGUGUUGCUGGAGAUUCACUUGUAACCAUUCUGAAAGGAAAUGGAGUCAUUAAGAACAUUGUGUGGGACGAAAGUUUCUCAGAUGCUUCUGUCGGUGCUGAUGCCUUGGUUCCAUACUCACCGGACAACAAUCUCCAGCUUCAGCUCAUAGAUGACGACGGAAUUGGGGUUGGUGCAGAGAGGUACGGCCAUCAAAGCAAGAGGGAUAUGGGACUCGUUCGUGUCAUGAUAUUCUUACCACCUAGGUAUCACCUUCUCUUCCUGAUGGAAAUAGGCUGUGCCUCCACAUUGGUCAGGAUAAGGACCGAUCAUUGGCCGUGCCUUGCAUAUGUGGACGAAUACUUGGAAGCAUUGAUUUGUUAGGAUUUCUCUGGCCGAUGGUUUCAGUUUUGUACCUUAUGUAACACUAAAGAGUAAACAGCGGGAGUUUUGGGGCCAUUUUGUUUUUCUA